UAGGAAGAGGCGAACCAUAGAGAGCGCUCCAUCGCCGGAGCUCUAUUGGCGGCACUGAAAGUUCCGGUGCCGCGCUGGCCGUUCGUUCAUUCUGGGCGAUGCGGUGACGAGACCUGGUCUGGGCCUUGCGGGUUUCUGUCAUGGCUAACGUGUAUUCGCUGGACGGGCUGCUGGUAUUCGGGUUGCUCUUCGUGUGCACCUGCGCCUACUUCCGGAAGGUGCCUCGGCUGAAAGUCUGGCUGCUCUCGGAAAAAAGGGGCGUCUGGGGGGUAUUCUACAAAGCGGCAGUGAUUGGUACUAGACUCCAUGCAGCAGUGGCAAUAUCCUGCAUUGUAAUGGCUUUUUAUGUCCUCUUUAUAAAAUGAAUCUCAGCGCUUCAGAUGGACAGUGUUGUUUGAAUGAAGAUGCUAAAGAAGGCAUAUCUCUUUUGCUUCAGAGGACAAAAUAUCUCUUAGAGGAACUGACAAAGAACCCUGCACAGAUGUCAAGGGGAAAUUCUUCUAUGACCAAGCCUUUUUUGAGACCAAGGGAGUGGCUUUUAUAACAGCAACCAUCCUCUGUGCUUCUAGUAAGCUUGAACAUGAUCAACAAAGAUUGUUUUAUGUGCAGAUUCUUAAAAUCAACAUUACAAUCUGCACAAGGAAAACCAUCAAAAGUUUGUGGCAAAUGGAAGUGAAUAAUGUGUUUCCUAAGUCUGGUACAGUAUAGAGGGGGGAAGGAUUUGCAUUCCUGGUGUUUUAAAGGGAAUUGCUCUAAAUUCCAAAAAUGUAAUAAUGAACAGCAAAGUACAGAUGUGGAUUUUUGCUUUCAUUGGCUUUUCUCUUUUAUUAAUGCACUUUUAAGAUUGGAGGAUAAAGCUAUCAUAAAAUUAGUAACUGGAUAUGGUAAACUAGCUAGUAAUAGAGUAAAAUCUUUGCACAGUUCAGAGAAGUGUUUAUGCACUUUUUACCCUUGAAGGAAAAAAACAAUCUGAAUCACAAAGGAAAUAAAAUGGCUAAAAUAAAAGGAAAGAAUGGCUGAAAUGCUGUAAGUUGUGUGGCACACAAUUAACAAUCGCCAACAAUUCAAACAUACCCAGUUUUUGGAUGUUACUGUGUAGGAGAAAGCAAUAGGGACAUAUGCUGUUACAGAAGUUAAUGUUAAAUGUUUAAAUUACAUUUAAAGAUCGUAACUUGUAUAUUUUGGAAAGUGUAUAGACUUUAAAGGUGAAAGAUUUAUGUUUGCUUUCUUUUAAUGAUACCCUUCUAUGUUCUUUUUUCUUCUUCUCUGUCCUUAUUUGAAUUGUCCUCCUUUUUAACCUUGUCCUUACAUUAUUGAGGUCAUCAUCUAGAGUAGAAGCAGCUAUGGUAGAAGCAGCAAAAGUGCAUGUUUUAUUUUAAGUUUUCAAUGUUGAAAACACUUGAUGGACAGAAAUUCACAAGUAACUUCAGGACUGGGGCUUUAUUUUUUUUAAUCCAUAGUUUGUAUAAAACUGAAAAGGCAAGUUUGUAUGUCAUCACAGACAGGGACUGUCUCUUACUGCAUUUUUAUAAAUUGGCAAGAAGUACACUGGAGCCCUAACUGGGCCUUUGGGUAUUUCAGAAGUAUGUGUGUGAAUAAACCUGCCUUAUUUUUCUUCCCCAUA